AUGGCGCCUGAAAAGGGAAGCAAAAUCCGGGGACGUGGGGCAAGCCAGGCGAUCCGUCGGCCAACCGCCACUGGGGUCCCUCCAAGCCAGUUUGCGCCACCUUCUGGCCAGGGCCUCAGCUGGCAAACCCCAGUCGUUGCGCCAGCAAGACGGAGGAGUAAGUGUGCCACUGCGGGGCCACAGAGACUCACGGCUACGAGCGCCCAGACAUCUGCUGAGGCUGGUGAAAAUGAUAAAAAAAGCAGACACGAUUCGCUUCCUGAAACGGCCUCCUCACACUGGGUCACUCUACGCGUUCCAUCAGAGCUGUUGACAGACUUCCCCAUUCAUCGAACGAAGAACAGAUGGUGGAGAGAUGAAUCGGCCUCGGAACCCUUUGUGACGCUGCAAAUUGGCCACAGAGCUGCUGCUGGAAUUGUUAAUACACAACAUUCAAAACGUAACCCACUACCCAAGCCUCUGACUCUACAGAGUCUUCCAUCAGCCCAGACUCAAGCGUCACCGUUGCCUUCGCUGAACUCGGCUGCUACGUCUGUUCUCGACUUUGCCGGAGACCUUGGGCCACGAACGCCUUCGGAAAGCCAGCCAUCAGGAUUUGUUAGCCAUCCGAGCGGUUUGCCCCAAGAGAUUGGCUCGCUCAAGACCAAACCCGUUCUCCAGCGAGACCUACAACAUCCAAGAACGGCACAAGCCCAAUAUCCAGGUAAUCUGGUUUUCACUGCGAAAGGAGCCGCUGCACCCCAACAUUUAUCCAGCGAGAUGGCUCCCGUCAAAGACACAACAGGAGUCCAAGCAGGUAUCAAAGAUGUCAUCCAAAAUCUAUAUGACAUCCAAGUCCAAACACACGGCUACGUACCAGAGACCGCCGAUCUCCUGGUCGACAAGAUGACGGACCUUGCACAGUCACUCAAUCGAUUACAGCACAUGACGUCUACGACCGGGUCGCCGAAUAAUCCGAUUCAUAGUGUACGGAUCGCCCCUGAAAUUGUGGAUUACGUGGACGACGGUCGCAAUCCGGACAUUUUCACGAGAGAUUUCGUAGAGAACGUGCAACGUGGAAAUGCAGUGAUCAAUGGGAAGCAGAAGGCGUUCAAGGAUUUCAGUGAGGUAUUUGCUGAAGUUCUGAAGGAAGGUAUGCCAGAGUUGCGUAGGCAUGUGGAUAAGGUGAUGGAUAAUGCUGGGUUUGGUGCCGAGGGUUCCGGCGAGGCGAAUAAGCCUGAUGCUAUGAAUGGUCCCCAGCAGCAUGACAGAAAUGGUGGUUAA